GUAACUAAAAAAUCACACAAUCCUCUAAAAAAUCAUCAUUUCUUCAAAUCCGCUUUUCCUUGAUUUAGUCCAAGCAUGCCAUUUCCACUCAUCAUCCGAGCUUAACACUUUAAUGGCGUGAUUACGUUAUUCUUCUUAACACUUAACCUCCACAAGUCCCCGCAAUCAUCUUCACUUGCACAAAAAACCGUUUCUUGAGCACUAUAUGCAGAAUGCAGACAAGAACAGUGCAAGUGGGACAACUUUCAGAUCUAGCUAGCGAGAGAGAAAUUCACGAGUUUUUCUCCUUUUCUGGCGAAAUCGAGCACAUUCAGAUCUGCCGGGGUUGUAGCGAUUCUGAAAGAAAGAAAACCGCAUUUGUGACGUUUACAGAUCCAAAAGCUCUCGAAAUAGCGUUAUCGCUAUCGGGAGCAACCCUUGUGGAUCAAGUCGUUAGCAUUACUCCAGUUGAAAAUUAUGUACAAAAACCUGAGGAAAUUUGUGCAGCUGACAAUGCAGUUAGCAUGGCUAGACAAAAUUCCUUUUCAAAUAUUGAAACGAAUGGGACUUCUCCUCGUAGUGGAAGAGUGUAUGCAAGUAAAGCACAAGAUGUUGUAUCUAGUGUGUUGGCUAAAGGUUCAGCUAUUGGACAAGACGCCAUGAAUAAAGCUAAAGCAUUUGAUCAAAAACAUCAAUUAAGAGCCAAUGCAUCUGCCCGAGUGAUUUCAUUAGAUAAAAAAGUUGGACUUACAGAAAAAUUUAGUGUUGGGAUUUCAGUGGUGAAUAAAAAAGUUAAGUCAGUGGAUCAGAGGCUUCAAGUGUCUGAUAAAACAAUGGCUGCAUUAAUGGCAGCUGAGAGGAAGUUAAAUGACACAGGAUCAGCUGUCAAAUCAAGCAGAUAUGUGACAGCUGGAUCCGCUUGGCUAAAUGGUGCAUUUGGUAAAGUGGCAAAGGCUUUGCGGGUGUAAAAACUAGACAUCAGUGGAACUUGGCAGUGUCGAAUUUAACUACAAAGGAUUCUGGCAUUACUGCAUGAUUUCAAAAGCUAUUGAUGUUUGGGUUUGAUGAAAUUGUGAUAUACCUCAAUGUUGUUCUGUUGUUUUAUGGUAAGUUUUGUGAUUCAUUUAUUUGUUUAUUAUCAGUGUAUUUAUUCUCCUGUAAACCAUUUUAUGUUCUCAAAGUGUGAAAAGUAAAAACAUUUGAUGGAUUUUAGGAGCAUGUGUAUUAUAUAUACUCCAUUUUUUUCGUCUCCUAUGAAUUUGAAUAAUCGUCACACUUCUCUAA